CUGUUUGGGAACAAGGACUGCCGACUGAGCAGAAGAUGAAUCCUUGUCCGAAUAACUCCGGAUUCGGACAAGCCGUGUAUGCUAAUUCAAAUCAAGGUGGUGGUGGAGACGGAGACUACAUGGGGAUGGAGAUCAACAGGCUGAACCAACUUAGCUUGCAUCAGAAAAAUCCUGGGGAUGUUAUGAUGCCUGAUCGGCAAACCAGCGGAGGACAGCUCCCAAAUGUGGGGUUGGACCAAUAUGGAGUGGGAGAGCUGCAAAAUCCAUCCCUCUGUGAACCAAACCCACAGCAGGAUGGAAGCUAUGACUCGGACAUAGAAGAGAUAGAGCAGAUCCUCAACUUCGAUCCUCGCAAUGGCCUCUUGUGAACUCAUGCUUCUUUCAAUUGCAUGCCAGCCCUUUUCUCCUCAAUCCUUUCGUUAAUUUCCUGUUGCAUGUCUGUCUGUUUUUCUUUAUUUCAAUUUUUGUUUUGUUAGG